CACGGGACCGUGGGGCUGGACUCCGCGUGGCCUGGGCUGGAGCGACAGGUUCGUCGCAUAUGGGCGAGCCGGAACCAUGGCUGGCUUGGUGGACUUCCAGGACGAGGAGCAGGUGAAAUCGUUUCUGGAGAACAUGGAGGUGGAAUGCAACUACCAGUGCUACCGCGAGAAGGACCCGGAUGGUUGUUAUCGGCUGGUAGACUAUUUGGAAGGGAUCCAGAAGAAUUUUGAUGAGGCUGCCAAGGUGUUGAAGUUCAACUGUGAAGAGAACAAACACAGUGAUAGCUGCUACAAACUGGGGGCCUAUUAUGUGACCGGAAAAGGCGGACUGACCCAGGACCUGAAAGCUGCCUUCAGCUGCUUUCUGAUGGCGUGUGAGAAGCCUGGAAAGAAGUCUGUGGAGGCAUGUCACAAUGUUGGUCUCCUGGCACAUGAUGGACAGGUCCAUGAUGACGGCCAGCCCGAUCUGGGGAAGGCCAGAGACUAUUACACAAGGGCCUGUGAUGGCAGCUAUGCCCCUAGCUGCUUCAACCUCAGUGCCAUGUUCCUGCAGGGUGCUCCUGGCUUUCCCAAGGACAUGGGCCUAGCCUACAAAUACACCAUGAAAGCCUGUGACCUGGGCCAUGUCUGGGCCUGUGCCAAUGCCAGCCGCAUGUACAAGCUGGGGGAUGGUGUCGAUAAGGAUGAAGCCAAGGCUGAAGCGCUAAAAAAUCGGGCCAUGAAACUGCAUAAAGAACAGCAGAAAAAUGUCCAGCCUUUAACGUUCGGGUAGUGUGGCCCACCCUCCUGUGCAACAGAUGCUGGCACGGCCUAUUCCUGAUGCAGCCCUUGGAGAGCAACCUGCUGGAGCAGGAAGACUUGGGACUUGGUAUUAGUAGCCCUGGUUACAUAUACCCAUUGCCCCAGAGUGUCACCUACUGGGAUGUAGCCUGAAGUAUUUAUUUCUUUAACUGGUGUGUUCUGUAAAGAGACCCACAUUUAAUGGGGUUUUAGAUCUCAAACUCUUAUAGCUCUGAAAAACAGCAAACUAGAGAGCAAUGGAGAUUUUGGGGGGUGGGGGGGUGGGAAGGAGAGACAAAGAGCAGGAGAUGGGAAAAAUUAGCAGCCACAGGGCCUGAAGGAAUCCGACAUCAUCGUCGUCAUUAUUAUUAUUUUAGUUGGGAAGGCUUGAAAAUCAGGAAGUAUCUUGGUUUACGUAAUAGAGGGCUUGAGCUAAGAACAGUCACGACUCCACCCUCUGGCUUAUGUAAUUGGUGUGGGCUUUAGUUCUGCCUUUAGAGUCACGUUUUUGCAGUACAUUCAUGGAGAUCUGGAAGAUUAAAGGUCAUUACUCGUAUGUUUCAGGGUUGCUAAAGAGGAUGAAACAAGCCCUCCUGCAGUGGAGACAGUCACAGUUAGUGGACUAGCAUCCCCAGUCCACUUACGCGGUACUGCUCAUCACACUGAGGGAGCAGAUUAUUCCCCAGGCAACUUCAGGUAGGGAUUUGUAAGCAAGGGUUUUGUAACAUUCUGUCCCUCAGAACAGAGCCUUUUUAACUGUUCCUGUGAAUAAACUAUUUUGAUUAAUA